UCAUUCCUUGCAACAUUCAGAAAAGGCAAAGUGUUCUUUGAAAAGGCUGGGGGAGAAGUUGGGAAGAAAAUACUGGGAAAGAGCAGGAGCCCUUAUCCAAGCUCUGUGAUGGCAGGCUCUUUGCUGGGCUCCUCUGCUCUGCUUUUCCUAUGUGUGCUUUGCUCUCCUUUGAAUGCUCAGAAUGACUGUGGGCCACCACCUAGAAGAGAAAGGGAAGAACCUGCAGAUCUGACAACCAAAGAGUCCUAUUCACAUAAUGAAUAUGUUCUGUACAACUGCCGACCUGGGUAUAUAAAAGUUGGACGCUUUCGAUUGAAAUGCAAUAAUGGAAGAUGGGUUGAAACACCACCAUUCAUUGGAUGCAAAAAAAAACCUUGUGGACAUCCUGGAGAUAUCGAAUCUGGCUCUUUUGAGCUUGUUGAAGGAGAAGAUUUUUCUUUUGGUGCUCGUGUUGAGUAUCGAUGCGAGGAAGGUUAUAAAAUGCUCAGUCAUACAAAUUACCGAGAAUGCCGGGCAGAUGGAUGGAGUAAUGAUGUUCCUCAUUGUGAAAUAACAAAGUGCUUCCCUGUAAGAGAACCAAAAAAUGGAAGAAUCCUUAUGACUGGCAUAAUGGAUCUGGACCAAGAUUUUCCUUAUGGCCACCUACUACAAUUUGAAUGUAAUGAUCGCUUCAAAAUCAAAGGCUCCAAUCAAAUAGUUUGUACUUCUGAUGGAACUUGGAGUCCAGAAGUACCAACGUGUGUAGAAAUAACAUGUGAACCACCUAAUAUUGCCCAUGGGAGAAUAAGAAAUUCAAAGCCCAUUUACCAGAAUGGUGAACGGAUACAAAUUUCCUGUAAUGAUGGAUAUAAACCUGUAGAUAGAGAUGAAGCAACAUGCACGCGAGAUGGAUGGAACACCAGAGUUGAAUGUAUAGGUAUUGUCUGCCAACAACCACAAAUUGAUAAUGGGGACAUUCAACCAAAGAAAUCACUGUACCAAUAUCAAGAGCAAAUUGAGACAUUCUGUGACGAAGGAUAUCGUAAAAGUGAAACCUCUUUCUGCACUGCUAAAGGCUGGCAACCUCCUCCAGCAUGUACACCAAAGCGGUGUGACUAUCCCCAUAUUCAGAAUGGACGACUGUAUCACAAUGAAUGGGAAGGAUCCUUUCCAAAGAGACUAGGUUACAGACUUGACUUUAUUUGUAAUAAUGGUUUUCUACCAAAAAGUAAAGAUUAUUGGCAUUCAUCGUACUGCACUAUUCGUGGCUGGAAUCCAGAACCCAAAUGCUUCAAAAAAUGUGAUCAUCCUCAACAAAUUCAACAUGGUGCAUUUAACUAUCGCAGGUGGUCUACAUACAUAGAGGGUGAUGACAUUACAUUGAGUUGCGAUACAGGAUACAUUCCUGCAAAUGAGCAAACAAAAAUCACAUGCGGAAAAAAUGGCUGGUCACCAACUCCAAGUUGCGUUGCUCCAGAAAUUCCACGAUGUCAAAACCUUCCACCACCAAAUGGCUUUUUCACUGUACAGAAGGAGGAAUUUUCUAUCAAUGAGAACAUAAGCUAUAAAUGUAAGAGUGGCUACACAACCCCUAACAGGAUUGAGGUGCAAGAGAUACAGUGUCUUCAAUCAGGAUGGAACCCAGAGCCUAAGUGUAUCAAGGCAUGCAAAAAGCCAUAUGAAGCAAAUGUGGAUUUUGAUGAAAACCAGUCAUUUUUCUUCUCCCAAGAGACACUUCACUUCCAAUGUAAAGAUGGCUUUCAAGUGAACAAAACAGCUGUUGAUGGCCGCAUACAAUGCACAGAAAAUGGAUGGGAUUCAAAGCCUAUAUGUGUUGCCAUAGAAUGUGAUGUCCCCAUUCUGGGGAAUGGAAGCAUUGAAGGAAAAGAACAAUUUGCCAAUGGAGAUGUGGUGAAAUUUUUCUGUGAUAAGGGAUACAACAGAGUUGGGCCUGACUCUUCCCAGUGUUAUUAUUUUGGAUGGUCUCCAAAGCAACCUGUUUGUAAAGAAACAGUCAAGAGUUGUCAGCAACCACUUAGCAUUUCCAAUGGCACUGUUGUUGGUGAUCCUCUAGAGGAGUAUCAGCAUGGCGAGAAGCUGUUUUAUGAGUGUGAUAUUGGAUUUGUAAUGUCUGGAUCAAAUACAGUAGAAUGUGUUGAUGGAGAGUGGACAUCUCUGCCAUCGUGCACAGAGGAAGUGAGAUCGUGUCGACGCCCUCCAAAAAUCACAAGUGGAAAACCUGUUGAUGUCGAUUCAAACUCAAACAACUAUAGACAUAAUGAAACUGUAAAAUAUGAAUGUUCAAAAGGCUUCUUCCUUGUUGGAACCAACCCUGCCAGAUGUCUUCAUGGAGAGUGGAAAUUACCCGAGUGCAGUAAAAAAUGUAGAAAGCUAGAGAUUACAAAGUUCGGACCACGUGUUUCAAAGCAAUUUGUCAACAACAACAUGGUUGUAAGAUAUAACUGUAGUGACUACCUGCACGAGACAAGAUGUGUUAAUGGAAAAUGGUUACCUGAACCCGAAUGCACAGAACUCUGCCCACCACCACCACAGCUUCCGAAUGCUAUCAGUAUAACAGAAACAAGAAAUUAUAAAAAUGGUGAAGAGAUUGGCUUCACUUGCAUGGAACAUUUUCAUCGUCAAGGGCCACCAAAAAUGACAUGUGAAUUUGGACGUUGGCAGACACCACCACGCUGUAUUGAUGAAAGAUGUGAAAAUCCCCCUUCAAUUGAAAAUGGUGAAGUAGAAAAUAGUUCCCGGAACAAAUAUCUUCCUGGUGAAACUGUGGAAUAUCACUGCGUUGAAGGUUUUGAAAUCACUGGAUCUUCAUUUGCAACAUGUGGAAAUGCUAAGUGGCAGAGACUGCCAGCUUGCAAAGAAAAGACAUGUGGCCGGCCCCCUCUCACUGACAAUGCUUCAUUCACUAAAAAUGAAAAAAGCAGUUAUCAGUCUGGGGAAACAGUGCAUUAUGAGUGUCAACCUGGUUUUGCUGCUAAAGGACCACUAAUUCUGAGAUGUCAAAGAGGUGAAUGGUCAGAACCAUCCACCUGUGAUGAUGUAACCUGCAGAGAACCUCCUGUAGUUGCUAAUGGUGAUAUUCUGGUAGCUAGAUCCCAAGUCUAUCUUCCUGGUCAAGAGGUGCGUUAUGAAUGUCAUGAAGGUUUUGAAAUAUCUGGACCAAAAACUAUAAGGUGUGAAAAUAAGACAUGGUCUGAUCCACCAACAUGUGAAGAUGUAAGAUGUCCUCCUCCACCUGACAUUCUGAACGGUUGGCUUCGAGGAAAUAAAAAGCAAAAGUAUUCACCUAAUGAAACCAUGCAGUAUCAGUGUGACAACGGAUAUUAUAUUUCUGGAUCUCGUACAAUAACGUGUUCAAAGAAGCAAUGGUCAACAGCACCUCAGUGCAAAGCUAAUACAGAAAAAUGUGGUCGCCCACCUUCUAUUGAAAAUGGAGAUAUUCGUGAUCUUUUAAAAGAACAAUAUGAAUCAGGUGAACGUGUGAUAUACAAAUGCCAACGUUACUACAACAUGGAAGGAGAUGCAGCAGUAAGUUGUCAAAAUGGCCAUUGGUCGGACACCCCAAAGUGCAUAGUUCCAUGUACAGCAAGUCAAGAAGACAUGGAACGCAAUAAUAUAAGGCUGAGGUGGACUGGGAAGGACAAAUUAUAUUCCACAGCUGGAGAUGUAGCAGAAUUUUCCUGUAAAUGGGGCUACCGUCCAGAUCCAUCUUCACCUGAAUUCAGAGUACAAUGUGUCAAUGGCACAUUUGAAUAUCCACAAUGCAUACGUGCGCAAAUAUAAGGAAUGGGGAGAAGUCUACAAGGAAGAUUUUUAGCAAACAUGUCACCAUCAGAAAAUAUAGAUGAAUUAUCUUUAAUAGCUUAAAAUUACUCUAUAUAAUUGAAAUUAACAUUAUUCAAAGAUUAUACACAGCUACUUUUAAUGGUCAGUGAACCUUUUAAUGGACAAAUAGUUUUUAGAAAACAAAACUCCAAUAUUUAUAAAGUGUGAAGUUAUUGGAAGCAUAGGAGUAGCCCAUUUUAAAUUUCCAAACAAUCAAGUGUUUUGAAAGAGGAAAAAUAAACCAAAAGCUGAAAACAUAUCUAAUGUGAGUGUGCACUCAUAACGGGGUUUAACAGGCUAAAAAAUACAGUAGCUUUAUAUAAUUUUAGUAGUUACAUUUUGUUUGUAAGAUGUUUGUGUAUUUUGAAAAAUAAAAUAAAAAGCACCUAUUUGCAAAA